CGCAAUAAAUAACGGUCCGUUCUCAAGUACUUCCUUUUCCUGCUUCACCACCAAGGACAAGCCACCUUCAGUCCAGACCUUCCCUUCAACAUCCCGCUUUGUGAAAAUAUACCAGAACUCACUGCUUCGAUAAACGGCAAGCAUGUCGAAAGGACCAGCUGUUGGUAUUGAUCUGGGGACCACCUACUCCUGUGUUGGUGUAUUCCAGCAUGGAAAAGUUGAAAUCAUUGCAAAUGACCAAGGAAACAGGACCACACCUAGUUAUGUGGCCUUCACAGACACCGAGAGGCUGAUAGGUGAUGCAGCCAAGAAUCAGGUUGCAAUGAACCCCACCAACACAGUCUUUGAUGCCAAGCGAUUAAUUGGCCGCAGGUUUGAUGAUUCAGUUGUACAAUCUGAUAUGAAACACUGGCCAUUUAUCGUUGUUGAUGACAACACUCGCCCAAAAGUUCAAGUUGAGUACAAGGGUGAGACAAAGUCCUUCUACCCAGAGGAGAUCUCCUCAAUGGUGCUGACAAAGAUGAAGGAGAUUGCUGAAGCUUAUCUUGGAAAAUCCGUCAACAAUGCUGUUAUUACGGUGCCCGCCUACUUCAAUGAUUCCCAACGCCAGGCUACAAAAGAUGCAGGAACAAUCUCUGGGCUCAAUGUUCUGCGUAUCAUCAAUGAACCAACUGCAGCUGCUAUCGCAUAUGGCUUGGACAAAAAAGUUGGUGCAGAGAGGAAUGUGCUUAUCUUUGAUCUUGGGGGUGGCACCUUUGAUGUGUCAAUUUUGACAAUUGAAGAUGGAAUCUUUGAGGUUAAGUCCACAGCUGGCGAUACCCAUCUUGGUGGGGAAGAUUUUGACAACCGCAUGGUCAACCACUUCAUUGCGGAGUUCAAGCGCAAGUACAAGAAAGACAUCAGUGACAACAAGCGAGCCGUGCGUCGUCUGCGCACAGCAUGCGAGAGGGCAAAGCGCACCUUGUCUUCCAGCACUCAGGCCAGUAUUGAAAUUGACUCUCUGUAUGAGGGAGUUGAUUUCUACACCUCCAUCACCAGAGCUCGCUUUGAGGAACUCAAUGCUGACCUCUUCCGUGGGACCUUGGACCCCGUGGAGAAAUCACUGCGUGAUGCCAAGAUGGACAAAGGGCUAAUUCAUGACAUUGUCUUGGUUGGCGGCUCCACUCGCAUCCCCAAAAUCCAAAAGCUGCUGCAGGACUUCUUCAAUGGCAAAGAGCUGAACAAAAGCAUCAACCCAGAUGAAGCUGUUGCCUAUGGGGCCGCUGUCCAGGCUGCGAUCCUGUCUGGUGACAAGUCGGAGAAUGUCCAGGACCUGCUGCUUCUGGAUGUUACUCCCUUGUCUCUGGGUAUUGAAACAGCGGGAGGCGUCAUGACUGUCCUGAUCAAACGUAACACCACCAUUCCAACAAAGCAGACCCAGACCUUUACCACAUACUCUGAUAACCAGCCGGGUGUGCUCAUCCAGGUAUAUGAAGGCGAGCGUGCUAUGACCAAGGACAAUAACUUGUUGGGCAAGUUUGAGCUGACAGGCAUUCCUCCAGCACCCCGCGGAGUUCCUCAGAUUGAAGUGACGUUUGAUAUUGACGCAAACGGUAUCAUGAACGUCUCUGCAGUUGAUAAGAGCACUGGCAAGGAGAACAAGAUCACAAUCACAAAUGACAAGGGACGUCUCAGUAAAGACGAUAUUGAGCGCAUGGUUCGGGAAGCUGAGAAGUACAAAGAGGAGGAUGAUGUCCAACGUGACAAGGUGUCAGCUAAGAAUGGCCUGGAAUCUUACGCGUUCAACAUGAAAUCGACGGUGGAGGAUGAAAAGCUUUCUGGCAAAAUCAGUGACGAUGACAAGAAAAACAUCUUGGACAAAUGCAAUGAGGUCAUCAGCUGGCUUGACAAGAACCAGACUGCUGAGAAGGACGAAUAUGAACACCAGCAGAAGGAACUGGAGAAGGUGUGCAACCCUAUCAUCACAAAGCUGUACCAGAGUGCUGGCGGCAUGGCAGGUGGUAUGCCAGAAGGCAUGCCUGGUGGAUUCCCCGGUGCUGGUGGUGCCGCUCCUGGUGGUGGAUCCUCUGGCCCAACCAUAGAGGAAGUUGACUAAGGAUUAAUACCUCACAAGCUAACUAUUCCUGCGUCUAAGAAGGUAGCCCUCUUGUAGCACUUUGUUCAUGCUGCAGAGUGUAAUUGUAUUUCAAAGAGGAGGGGGGUGAAAAAAAAAUAACAGGGUUCAGGUUUUGUUUCAUUGUUUACGACUGGAUUAAAUAGCUGAAACGGACACAUUGUGUUGAUGGUUAAAAGUACAUUGAGAAUGUUGUAUUUCCCUUGACAAUAAAACUUGUGACCC